GGAUACCUAACCUAGACCUGCAGAAUUCAACACAUUCAAGAAUCACCCACAAAUACUAAAGGCAUUACCCAAGUCACUCCAUGUGAAAAGCUAACUUGUGCAUACCUUAAAGGCGAUAUCAAGUGACUCCAUGCCAUGAGCUAAACUGAAUUAAAGUCAUUGCCUUUAGUGAAUUCAUGCCAAAAGCUAAAUUGCAUAUUUCAGAAUGCUUUGCAGCUGUUUUCACCUAACUUUGACAACAGCUAACCUAACAGCAGUAAAACCAUAUGCUGCCGCCUUGGGUUUUGAUGCUAGAAGCCAGCAAAAGGAACACUUCCAUUUCCACAUUCACGGAAGAGACAUACAACCACCACUAAAUCUAACCUUCAAAGAAACAUUCAAACAUACAUCUUGAUAGAAGGAAAUGCAAGAACGAAAAGCAAAGAGAUUGAGCUCAUCUUGAUCACUAAUUCUACAAGCAAACGAAAUUAGACCAAACACUAGAAACUGACCCAAAUUACGGGAUGAUCCUAGAAGCGGAAAUUGGAGAGAAACCCAUCAGCCCAAUUCAAUACCGAACAUGGAUCAUCAGGGGGGGAAGAAAAGAAAACAGAUUCAGGAGAAAGAGGACCGACCCGGGAAUCUUGUCGACUUCGAACUCAACGCCAUCUCUAGCCAACACAAACAUCUCGUUCACGAAUGGAACGGGCAAUCCGUUCGGGAGAAGCUGCGGAUUCAGAGCCAUGUUGUACUGUCCCUUCUGCUGCAGAAAAUGCCCAGGAAAUGUCAACAACGGUGUCAACAAAGAUAUGGAAAGGAGCUUCGGAAUUCCAACUUUCCAGUCACCUUACGAACCCUAAUAAAAUUCCUUGUGACAGCGAAGAACCACCGACCCCAAGAAGCUUUUCUUCCUUCGAGAGAAACCAGGAAACGGAGAGGAGAGCUUACGAGUUACGAUCAAGCGGUGCAAGGGAAAGCCGGCUUCAUUCAAUUGCCUGAUCUCGUGAAGGAGGGAAUGGGGAGAUGGAACACGACACGACGAAACUUCGGAAGUAUUCUCGCCGUUACUAGCGAAGAUUAAUUAACAGCUAAACAAGCCUUGUACUAUAAAUAAAUAAAUAACAAAUAAGCUCCUCUAUUAUGAUUUUCUGACGAUUAGGCGACUGCCCUAAGUGUGGCUUCCUUGUCAAGUCAAACCCAAUUUGAUUAGGAGAAUGAAGUGAAGGCCUCAUGUGAUGAGGUUUAGGGUUUGAUGUCUUCCAUCAAUGUAGUAAUUAGGAUCCGUUAUUCCGUUUCUAGCUUACAUUUUCUCUCCAUUUGUGUAUUUUCCGGUUUACUUUUAAUCGUUUGACAUGGAAGACGUUAACGAAAGUAAUGAAGAUACGAAUAUCGCCAACUACCUUCAACUUAAAUAAGUUGUUGACUCUUCAUACCCAUACUCAGUGAUGGUGUGAGGAUUCAAUCUCAAUGGGGUCCUAUUUAUGAAUAAAUUAUGUAAUAUUUA